CGCGACCUAGCGGGUGUACCGGCAGCUCCGUGCGCUUUGCAGCUCCUCUCAGCCAAGGUCCCGACUUGGCAGCUCCGGGCGAUCCGACGCAGCGUCCGGAGGCUGUCCGGAAGGUCGGGCUGGGCGAGCAGGGCCAGGACCCUGCGCUCUCUCGGCCGCUCAGUCUCGAACCCAGCCCCUGGCAGCCACGCCGGACGCGCGCUCGCACUCCCACUCGGCGCGCGGCUCCGGGGCGCGAUGGACGCGGCACUGCUCCACAGCCUGCUGGAGGCCAACUGCAGCCUGGAGCUGACAGAAGAGCUGCUCUUGGACGGCUGGGGCCUGCCCCUGGACCCCGAGGGUCCCUACUCCUACUGCAACACGACCUUGGACCAGAUCGGGACGUGCUGGCCCCGGAGCGCGGCCGGAGCUCUGGUGGAGAGGCAGUGCCCCGAGUACUUCAACGGCGUCAAGUACAACACGACCCGGAGUGCCUACCGAGAGUGCUUGGAGAAUGGGACCUGGGCUUCACGGAUCAACUACUCACAGUGUGAGCCCAUUUUGGAUGAUAAGCAGAGGAAGUAUGACCUGCACUACCGCAUCGCGCUCAUUAUCAACUACCUGGGCCACUGCGUGUCUGUGGCAGCCCUCGUGGCUGCCUUCCUGCUUUUCCUGGCCCUGCGGAGCAUCCGCUGUCUGCGGAACGUGAUUCACUGGAACCUCAUCACUACAUUUAUCCUGCGAAAUGUCACGUGGUUCCUGCUGCAGCUCAUCGACCAUGAAGUGCAUGAGAGCAAUGAGGUCUGGUGCCGCUGCAUCACCACCAGCUUCAACUACUUCGUGGUGACUAACUUCUUCUGGAUGUUCGUGGAGGGCUGCUACCUGCACACGGCCAUCGUCAUGACCUACUCCACCGAUCGCCUGCGCAAGCGGCUCUUCCUCUUCAUUGGAUGGUGCAUCCCCUGCCCCAUCAUCAUCGCCUGGGCCAUUGGCAAACUCUACUAUGAGAAUGAACAGUGCUGGUUUGGCAAGGAGCCCGGCGACCUGGUGGACUACAUCUACCAGGGCCCCAUCAUCCUCGUGCUCUUGAUCAAUUUUGUAUUUCUGUUCAACAUCGUCAGGAUCCUAAUGACAAAGUUACGAGCAUCCACCACGUCGGAGACGAUCCAGUACAGGGUUUCUUUGUGUCCGUCUUCUACUGCUUCUUCAAUGGAGAGAAGAAGUGGCACCGCUGGCAGGACCAUCACUCCCUCCGAGUCCCCGGGGCCCGGGCUGUGUCCAUCCCCACGUCACCCACGCGGAUCAGCUUCCACAGCAUCAAGCAGACGGCCGCUGUAUGACCCUCAGCACCCUCACCUCGCCCAUCACUCCACCAUCGGGACAGCCUCUCCAUCCUCCUCCAGCACCUUUCUCUGGGUUCCCCUGGCUGCGCAGGCUCUGAUGGGGCAGAGGGAGGGGGGAGACCAGCUCUCCAGGCCGGCAGGAGGGAGGCUAUGGAGCAGCACAAGGGGCUCUCGGGAACCAGGGCCGGCUGGACCCCAAGUCUCAGUGCGAGAGGGAGCUGAGCCGGGAAGUCACGGGAACCCCCGGAGGAGAGCGUGUCACAGGGCUUCAGGCAUUGCCCACACCAGCCUCUCUGGCUGGAUCCUCACUGUCGCCCUGUUCACAGAUGAGGAAACUGAGGCCCAGAGCCAGGGAGGGUCUGCCCGAGUCACACAGCUAGUUCAUGACAGACCUGGGGCUCCUUUGCCCCACUCAUGGCAAGGGUCUUCCCACCAGCGGCGGGGUGAUGGUUGGUCCCACCCCCUGCCUUCUGCCUCUAAGUUCUGUGGCGCCCUCUGCAGUUGGAGGGAGGCACAGCAGCUGGAGUAAGAUUCAUUCCACUGGCUUCGUCCCUGGGACUCUCACUUAGAGAAGCCUCACCUAUACCCCAUCCUCCUGCCCCUCGGACCCUUGGAAGGAUGCUGCCUCCUUUCCUGAGAGCCCUCUUCUCAGCCUAGUCCACCGAUUCAGGGCCUUGGGGAGGGGCAGGUGGGGAGGAAGAGGUUGCCAGGGCAGCCGUACACGCUUAGACCAACCAGAUACACGGUGUAGGACGAAACGGGGAGGAGACACGUGGGGGACGACAGGCUGGGAGAAGGAGUAGGGUAGAAAUAGCAGAAACCAAAGUACGUCUUUGGUGACUGGAACUAAUCCCUCAGCCCACACCUGAGACUGGGCUUCGGCCUCCCCUUCAGAAACAACAUCUCCACUGUCUGUGAAAUAAACUGUGCCUCUGUGGAAA